UGAACAAACCUUCGCCUAAAUCGGCCUUGAAUGCAACGCUUUAGGUUCACCGCCCGCUUUUUCAGCGCCAAUACGAGGAUUUAGCCGGUCGGGUUACAUACAUGGCUGGCUUUGAAACAAGAAAAUAAAAGGCACGAAUGUGGAGUGUGUCCGGAUAAUUCUGCGCGCACCUGCGAGACUCCGCUUAGACAGAAAGAUCACCAAGCAUAAUGGGGAAUGGAUCAGUUAAACCAAAACAGUCAAAGCAGCCAGAUGGGACAGUUAAUCGCUCAAUCAACACAAACGGAAACAGACUUUUUAAAGAUUCAGGGCCAAGUUUAAAUAUAAAAAAUACUGCAGAUAUUUUGAGGCUAAAAGUUUUAGAUCUUGAAAAAGAAACUAAAAGGAAAGACGACGAACUCUGGGAUAAAGAUUUCAAAAUCAAAGGACUGCAGGAUCAGCUUGCCAAGCAGACAAAAACAAUCUCUGAGCUUACCGAAGAACUUCAAAACAAGUGUAUUCAACUUAAUAAACUUCAAGAUGUCAUCAUUACACAAAGUGGGGGUAGUCUUCAUCCAUCACCCAUCAAAGCUGCAGCCAGGAUCAACCAGCAAGUCAGCAGCUUGAUUAAGGACACCUUUAAUAGAAGGAAAGGGGCCAAAGAGGGCGUCUCAGCUGAACCCACUUCAAGAACAUACGAUACGAGCAAGCUGCCUGAAUUUUCCUUUGAAAAAGUGAGAGUUCACAAAGAUUCCAAUGUGAAGAAGCUCGUUCUGGAGGCACUUAACAAAAAUCAAUUCCUCAAAAGACUGGAUCCACAGCAAAUAAGAGAUAUGGUGGAGUGUAUGUAUGAGAGGAGCUACCACAAAGGAGAUCAUGUUAUUAAACAAGGGGAGCCGGGGAAUCAUCUUUUUGUACUAGCAGAAGGAAAUCUGGAUGUUUAUCAACACAAUAAGUUAAUAACAUCCAUAACUGUGUGGACAGCAUUUGGAGAGCUAGCAGUUUUGUAUAACUGUAAGAGGACAGCAUCUGUCAGAGCUGUCAGUGAUGUCAAGACAUGGGCUUUGGACCGGGAGGUAUUUCAGAACAUUAUGAGAAAAACAGCACAGGCCAGGCAUGAACAAUACAGGAAUUUCCUUCGAAGUGUCAACCUCAUAACUCAUUUGCCAGAAGACAAAUUAAGUAAGAUUGUGGAUUGUCUUGAAGUUGAAUAUUAUGACACGGGGGAUUACAUUAUCAGGGAGGGAGAGGAAGGAAGUACUUUCUACAUUAUCGCCAAAGGAAAGGUGAAGGUGACCCAGCGUGCUGGAAGCUUCAAUGAUCCGAAAUUGAUAAAGACUUUACAAAAAGGAGAUUACUUUGGUGAAAAAGCCCUCAUAAGUGACGAUGUCAGAUCAGCUAGUAUAAUUGCUGAUGAAAAUGAUGUGGAAUGCCUUGUUAUAGACAGAGAGACAUUUAAUCAGACAGUUGGGACCUUUGAUGAACUUCAGAAAUAUCUUCAAGGAUAUGUGGCAACACUCUCCAGGGAGGAUGAACAGAGGCUUGCAAAAGCAUCAUCAUGUGAUCGAUGGUCUCCAGCGGUUUCCUUGGAGAUGAUUCAGCUGAAAGAUAAAGUGUCAGGGUUUUCCUCAACUUCUCCUUUCCAGAAUCUGGAGAUUAUUGCCACUCUUGGGGUUGGAGGAUUUGGAAGAGUAGAGCUGGUUAAAGUAAAGAAUGAAGAUGUGACAUUUGCCAUGAAAUGUAUAAAGAAGAAACACAUUGUUGAUAACAGACAAGAAGAGCACAUUCACUCAGAAAGGAAGAUCCUUGAGGAGGCAUGCUCCCCUUUUGUUGUUAAGCUAUACCGUACUUUUAAAGACAGUAAAUAUGUAUACAUGUUACUUGAAGCUUGUCUUGGUGGGGAAAUCUGGAGCUUACUGAGAGACAGAGGCAGCUUUGAUGAGCAGACAGCAAAGUUUUGUGUCACUUGUGUAACCGAAGCAUUUGACUAUUUACACCAGAUUGGAGUUGUCUACCGAGAUCUGAAACCAGAGAACCUUAUGCUGGACUCUGCUGGAUACAUUAAACUGGUAGAUUUUGGCUUUGCCAAAAAAAUAGAUUGGGGACAGAAGACAUGGACCUUCUGUGGAACACCUGAAUAUGUGGCCCCGGAGAUCAUUCUUAACAAAGGCCAUGAUUUUAGUGUGGACUUCUGGUCCCUUGGAAUUCUAGUAUUUGAGCUUUUGACUGGCAACCCACCCUUUUCAGGAGUUGAUCAAAUGAUGAUCUACAAUCUAAUUCUGAAAGGCAUAGAGAAAAUGGAUUUUCCAAAGAGAAUAACACGACGACCAGAGGACUUGAUUCGUCGGCUGUGCAAGCAGAAUUCUACAGAGCGCUUAGGAAAUCUAAAGAAUGGUAUAAAUGAUAUUAAAAAGCACCGGUGGUUUAAUGGUUUUAACUGGGAAGGCCUAAAAGCCAGGAAUCUCCUGUCACCACUCAAGAGAGAGCUUCAAGGACCAACCGAUCACAGCUACUUUGAUAACUACCCACCAGAUGAGGAUAUACCACCAGAUGAGCUUUCGGGCUGGGAUAAUGAUUUCUGAGAGAACAUCUCAACAAUCUAGACAACGUGAUGGUGGAGUGUGUGUAGAGGACACUAAAUAUUUUGAGUAGUGUUUAACACUGAUGGUGUGGCGGACACUAAGUCAUGAGCAUUAAUGUAGUCCAUCUGAAAAUAUGCAGCAUGUACCUUAGUGAAAUUUAGAUCAGAAGUUAACGUUUUUAAUUUUUAAGUAUUUCUUAAGGCCAAAUGUUUGUUUUUUUUACUAAAUUUCUUUACAAUUGUGCAUUAUUCUUGAAGC